AUGGAUUUCUGGAAGAAUGUUGAAUACAGAAUGUCUGAUAUUAUGUGUGGGCUUAUGAAGAAUCCUACAGACAGCAAGAUGACUGAAUGGGUCACUAACUACUUGGAUGGUGGAAAAUUGAUGAUGUGGGAAAGUUCAGUUAAUUGUUUGUUUGCCUUUGAUGAAGCUCGUUCCCUGGUUGAUAAGAACAUUGAAAGGAAAACUCUGUUUUACUAUGUUCAAUGUGCUUUAAAACUUUUACCAAAAAAGUUAGGAAUCUUUGCUAUCUUUACAGACACACAUUCAAAUAUUUCAAACUUCUCACCUGUUUCCUACCUUGAUCCAUCCAUAAGAGUUGCUGUGAAGGGGUCUAAAUUAUUUGAGCCAUUUUAUUUGUUGGACACUGUGGAUAUGAAUACUAUGAAUACUGCUUUUGAAAAAGCACUGACACUACAAGAGUCUGAAGAUCCAAGCCAUACAGCCCUA